AUGGCGGCACCAUCCGAACGCCCCGAAAUCAUCGCCCUCUCGCAGGACCUACGAGGCACCCCCCAAAGCGAAAAAUACGAGCGCAUGAUCUCCGGCAUGAUGUACGGUAUCUCGCCUUUCUCGGUGGCUGUGGGCUCGCCCUGCCGCGUGAGGAAGACGAUCCAGUCGCCGGAAGAGGAGGAGCAAGACCCGAACAAUCCGUAUCGCCAUCUGGCUAACACUCAAUGCUAUCUAUGGUUCAUCUAA